AUGAGUCACCGCGGCCCGGAGCUCGACCUGUGCCGACCGCCCGAGAAGCGGCAGAAGGGGAACGACACCAAUGAUGACAUGGACUUCUACGUGGACCUGUACAAGGACAAGUUGGACAUCGUUCUCGGCAGCGACGAGCUCCAGACGGUCUACUUCGAGCACCUCUGCGAGGAGAACGGCAAGCAGGUCACCGAGACGAUUGCGGUUCCGAACAUGGCCGAGAGCUUCCUGGCCAACCAGCGCCGCAAGGACAAAGUUGAGCUGACCUGGUCCAAGAUGAACGCCGAGGAACGGAAGGAGUACGAGGUGGCCAUCGCGAAGGAGGUCGACAACUGGCAACAACAUCAGGGGCUACGACCCGUGCCAGCCGAACGAGUGCAGGAUGCUGCAGAUGUCAUUAGAGCACGCUGGCUCUUCACAAGAAAGUCGGACGGGAAGGCUAAGGCGCGGCUCGUACUCCUCGGCUACCAGACGAAGGCCCUCGGGAAGGAGCCCACUGCCAGUCCAACGGCUUCCCGAGGGGCUCGCAGCGUCAUGCUGACCGUGGCCGCCGCGAACCACUGGAAGUUGAUCAAAGGCGACGUGACAUCGGCAUUCCUUCAGGCGAACCAGCUCGAGAAGGGCCUCUUCAUUGAACCCGAUCCCGUGCUCCGACGCGCAUUCGACGUCAAGGAAGGCGAGGUGCUCAAGGUCAUGAAGCCAGGGUACGGCAUCGGCGAAGCUCCUCGGCACUGGUGGGAAACCGUGAAGGUCGAUUUCGCAGAGUUGGGACUUCAAGCGUGUGAGCUGGAACCCUGUCUAUGGCGAGUUCGGUUUCCGAAGACUUCUCGUCUCAUUGGGUUGGCCAUGGCUCACGUGGACGACCUCAUCCUGGCUGGUGACAACAGCCACAGUCUCUGGGCGAGCAUCUUCGAGCAGAUUCGCAAGCUCUACGAGUGGGGCACCUGGGGGGACAUGAUCGACGACUCCAUCAAGAGCCUCGAGCAGUGCGGGGUCACCAUCGAGGAGAACGACCAGGGCUUCUUUCUUCAUCAGCACGCCUACGCGGACAAGAUUCGAGAAGUUCAACCAGCUGAUGGAGGCCGCCACCGUUCGACGGACACCCUGCGCGAGAGCGACCAGACCAUCCUGCGGGCCUUCUGUGGAGAGGUCUACUGGUUGGGCGUGAACACCGUGCCCUUCGUGUUGUCGUGGGUGGCCGAGCUGCAGUCCAAGAUCCCAGGCGGGGCUCGCAAUUUGUUCAGCGCGGCCAAUAACAUCGUGAAGCUGAUUAAGCAGCGCCAGCGCAUGGGCCUCCAGAUCUACAGGCACAAUUCGACGACCUGGCCGUGUCCACCUGGUGCGAUGCAGCCUGGGCCAGUCGGCCCGACGGCCAUCGAGGGCGAGAAGGCGAAGUUCACAGUGCUCGACUGGGGCUCCAAGAAACUACGACGCGUGGCCCGUUCGAGUUUGGCUGCCGAAGUUCAAGAGGCUGGAGAUGCUGAAGGAGAACAGUGUAUGGUGCGGAUGGUCCUGUCGGAGCUGCUGUACAACCGCUCGCCGACGCAGGAGCGGGCCACCCUCCUGAAGGCCAUCCCAGCGGUGCUCGUGACGGACUGCAAGGCGUUCUACGACGGCGUGGUGCGGUCCCAGUCGGCUGGGCUGGGCCUGGGGGAGCGCCGGGCCGCCGUCGAGGCGCUGGCACUUCGGAACGCGCUCGACGAGGGCAACGCCGUGGUCAGGUGGGUCCACUCGCGCGCGCAGAUCGCGGACGGCCUCACCAAGGGCAAUUGGCAGGCGUUCGGGGUGCUGAAGCUGUUCCUCGAGAAGCAGGAAUGGCGGCUGAUUUACGACGAGCACUUCAUGAGCGCGCGGAAGCGCGCGGCGCUGGGCAAGGGCAUCUUCGAGCCGACGGCGCCCGGCGACUCCCAGGUCGGCCAAGGAGGUCAUCGAGAAGCGACGCCAGCUUCGACAACAGCAACAGUGCGGACCACCACCGGCCGGAUCAGCGCCAAAAGUGUACGACCAGUGCUCGGCCUCCAGCAGAAAUCUUCGUGA